GGGAGGAGGCGACAGCAGGGCUCAGCGGACAUGGGGCAGGGACCCUGGCCUCAGCAAAGUGACAGCUCCAAACCAGAGGGUGCAGGGCAGCUGCUGGACUGGGCGAAGGAGAGGCUGAGCUGCCUGAGCUGAGGACAGCAACAGAGUAGAAGAGGACAGGACUCUGAGCCCUCCUGGCCCCCUAAGCAGGGGGGAUACCAGCUGCCCUUAGGGUCUGACCUCAGCUAACCCUGAUGGCCCACAUGGGGCACAGGGUCUAAUUUUAGCUCCAGCCACAGGGCUUACAGCCCAGGAGUGCCUGCCAGCAGCCAGAGGGACUGUCAGGCAAGACGGGGAGUGGAAGACCAGCUCUGCUUCCUUCCAGCCUGCCCCCUGGCCACGCCAGCCCAUAGGAGCCCUGAGUUGUCCCCAUGGCCUGGCAGACAGCCCUCCUCUCGGCUGAGGGCAAGGUCGCGGGGCACAGGCAGGAGAGCAGAGGGAUACAGCCUUGCAGUCUGGACAGUAGUUGCAUCAGCCUAAGUGGUGCCCAGGGUCAGGGUGCCUGGCUGAAGGACAAAGGCUGGCUUGGUUGUCCAAAGUCUAUGGAAGCAGAAUCCUGGGCAGGAAGGGAAAUCCAGAAAGCUGGGUUCUACCCAGCCUCCUCAUGCUUGGCCGGCAACUCGCUCUUUGACCUGAGGCAGGCAGCCUGCUCCGGAUGGGCCUCAGUCUUCCCAUCUGUACAAUGAGAGCACCGGACUAGAAGCAGCUCCAGUCCCCCGCCCUCAGGGCCCUCCUCCUCCUCCUGUUUGCUGGCAGAGGCCUCCCAGCUUCCUGGCUUCCACAGUCCUGGCUGUGGGUGGCCACAUGCAGUCGUGGAGAAGGAAGUCCCUCUGGCUGGCACUGUCAGCCUCCUGGCUGCUCCUCGUCCUCCUGGGAGGCCUCCCCCUUCUCCGUCCAGCAGUGCCCCCCAGACCUCGGCCAGGGGCUCCCCAAGGCUGGCCCCACUGGCUGGAUGCAGAGCUCCUGCAGAGUUUCUCCCAACUGGGGGAACUCCUAGAAGAUGCCCCUCGACCUCCUCGAGCCUCUCAUGGUAGCAGUUGCAGCUGGGGAACCUGCUUUGACACCUCAAAGUGCAGGGGUGAUGGCCUCAAGGUAUUUGUGUACCCAGUGACGGCAGCAGCAGCAUCAAUGUCUGAGACCCAUCGCAGGAUCCUGGCUUCCAUUGAGGGCUCCCGCUACCACAGCUUCAGCCCUACUGAGGCCUGCCUCUACCUACUCCUCAGCCUGGACACCCCAGCUGGAGAAUGUGGCCCAGUGCCUUCACAAUGGAAUGGGGGCAAGAACCAUCUGAUCCUCAGUCUCCACCCAGCCUCGUGCCCCAGAACCGUGCAGCUGGGACAGGCUAUGGUGGCCAAGGCCAGCCCCACAGUGGACUCCUUCCGGUCUGGUUUUGAUGUGGCCCUCCCUCUUCUCCCUGAAGCCCACCCAUUACAAGGUGGGGUUUCUGGCCAGCUGCGGCAGCACAGCCCACUGCCUGGGGUUGCCCUGCUAGCCCUGGAAGAGGAGAGGGGUGGGUGGCGCACAGCAGGCACCAACUCCUCUGCCUGCCUCUGGGGUGGGCACUGCGAACAAGACCCUGGACCUGAGCUGACCCAGCCCAGGGAAACACUGCCUAAUGCCACCUUCUGCCUCAUCUUCGGCAAACGGCCUGAUGCCUCCUUGCGCUUCCUCCAAGCCCUGCAGGCUGGCUGCAUCCCUGUGCUUCUCAGCCCCCGCUGGGAGCUGCCCUUCUCUGAGGUCAUUGACUGGACCAAGGCGGCCAUCAUAGCUGAUGAGAGGCUCCUACUUCAGGUCCCGGCUGCCCUCCAGGAGAUGUCCCCUGCACGGGUCCUUGCCCUGCGGCAGCAGACCCAGUUUCUGUGGGACGCCUACUUCUCCUCAGUGGAAAAGGUCAUCCACACCAUGCUGGAGAUUAUUCAGGAUCGGAUCUUCAGAACAUCUGCUCACCUCUCACUGCUGUGGAACAGCCCCCCAGGGGCACUCCUGGCUCUGCCUACUUUUUCCAUCAUCCCCCAGGACUUCCCUUUCUACCACUUUCAGCAGGGCUCCCGCCUUGAGGGCAGAUUCAGCGCCCUGAUCUGGGUGGGGGCCCCAGGCCAGCCCCCCCUGAAGCUCAUCCAGGCGGUGGCAGGCUCCCAGCACUGUGCCCAGAUCUUGGUUCUCUGGAGCAAUGAGCAGCCACUUCCAUCCAGGUGGCCCGAGACAGCAGUGCCCUUGACAGUCAUGAAUGGGCACAGGAAGGUCAGUGAUCGCUUCUUCCCAUAUAGCAGCAUCAGCACUGACGCCAUUCUCAGCCUCGAUGCCCGCAGCAGUCUCUCCACAAGCGAGGUGGACUUUGCCUUUGUGGUGUGGCAGAGCUUCCCAGAGCGGAUGGUGGGCUUUCUGACGUGGAGCCAUUUCUGGGAUGAGGCCCUGGGGGGCUGGGGCUACACUGCUGAGAAGACCAACAAAUUCUCCAUGGUUCUCACCACAGCCGCCUUCUAUCAUAGGUAUUACCACACCCUCUUCACCUAUUCCUUGCCCAAGGCUCUGAGGACGCUGACAGAUGAGACACCCGCCUGUGUGGACAUAUUGAUGAACUUCCUAGUAGCUGCGGUCACCAAGCUGCCCCCUAUCAAGUUGCCCUACGGCAAGCAGCAGCAGAAGGCUGCUCCACCGGUGAGGGGGCCAGGCGCCUGGGGUCCCAAAGUCCGGGCUAAAGCACCAGCCCCCAGCCCCGGACUGCAUCAACCAGAUGGCAGCAGCGUUUGGCCACAUGCCCCUGGUGUCCUCUUGCUUGCGUCUGGACCCGGUGUUGUUCAAGGACCCGGUGUCGGUGCAGCGCAAGAAGUACCGCAGCCUGGAGAAGCCCUAGGGGGACCCGCGGAGAUCCUAGGUCUGCUCCUAGGGGGCGGGGCGCCUACCUGCAAGUUCAGCCUACUUCCUUGGGACGUCAGAGAACCAAUCAUGACAGUUACCCAGACAAGCGGCCUAGCCCUAUUGGCCAAUCACAGCCACGGCGCCCUGAGGGGCGGGGCCUCGAGCUACUGCCAGGCAGCUCUUGGCGUAGCCGGGUUGCGCUGCGCUCGCCGCCUGCCGCUAGGCGUCUCCCUGGGUUUCCCCCUUGCCUGGAAUGCCGUUCUUUGCUUCUGCACCCAGAUAACUUCUGCUUGUGUUUCAGAUCCUAGCCUCCUCCAGAGACUUGCCUGACCCUCAUCCCUGUGCCGGAUGAGUUCAGUCUCCUUUGUGCUUUCGCGGUAUAGCACUGCCUCGCCGUGUGUACACCUCAGGCCCCAGGACUGGCCUCUGAGCUUCAGACCGCAGGUCGUGUCCUCUUCUGACAGGUGCGCCGCAAAUAUACGACGAACAGAUGAAAGAGACAUUAACCGCGUGCCUGGCUUCAUGCCAGCGGUGGCAGGAGUGUGACCAAUGACUUUAGGGAAGUCACGUCAGACCUUUAGGUUGUCAGCCUUAAUCCUUGCGCUCCAGCCAAGGAGCAGACAGGUACAAGGAAGCGACGAGUGGGGGGAACAAGAGAUGAGAACGAAGGCACCGCCCCAGUCCUGCCGGCCGGGGACCCUCUAUUCAGUCAUGGCCUUCUUCCAUGCAUUACCAACCUAGACCACUAGAGGUCAGCGCUGCACCGCUUUCCCCCUUCGAAAGGGUCUGGAGUUUUAAACGCUCCCCUGGUCUGAGGGUGGGCAGGGGGGUGAGGAGGGUUAGCGGUUAUGUGCAGCCCGAGGGCUGAAAACUGGGGAGAGGAAUCUGAAUAGCUCCAACCCUUUGGCUUGCACACUUGGAACUCUGGAAGGGGCCGUUUCUCGGUGGGACCCGGGGAUGUCCCGAGGCUCUAUAGGUUGGAAUGGAGUGGGGGAGGGGACGCUAGGUUCUGGCUUCAUACACCUAGAACUGGAAUUAUCACUUCCGAAAUAAAGCGCGUGUCC